AUGUCUACGCUUAAGGACGAGGAAGUUAUAACAACCAUCUCUGAAGAUUUUGGUUUCAAAGGGUUAGGAAUCAAAGCAGUUCUACCUUCAUAUAAUGAAAAACUACCAUUUGCAUCAUUGCAUAACUUCGAUAUUUCUAAUGAACAAUCACUUUUCGCUGCCUCAUGUGGUGGGAAGACAAUAGUAGGGAAUUUACAAGACUUAAGAGAUUUAGUCACCACACAAUCAAAAAAGAACGCUGAAGAUGGUAAUGAUGAUGAUGAUAAUGAUGCUCAUCUUGAAGAUAAAACGGAGGCGAAAACAAAACUUCUAUCUAAUAUAUGGGAAUCGGUUGAAAUCCUAAAUGUCAUUUUCGUUAAGAUUUUCGAAAACAAAAACGUCUUGAUAAUAACAAGAGAUGGUGAUAUAAUGAAUCUAAAUUUAUCAUCAAAUUCUAAAGAUAUUGAAGCAGUUUUCUCAACAAGUGAAAAUGAUACUUUUGUUGAUGUUCAAGCUACUUCAAAUAAUAGUAUACUUUUCCUAAAUGAUAAAGGCCAACUAUACCAUUUUAACUUAACUUCAAGAGAAGCUACAAUUUUACUUGAAGAAACAGUGGGAACUUUCAAUAUUGUAGGUACAACAUUGUCUGCUAUAUUGAAAAACGGCCAAAUCAAAUUAUAUAAAUGUCAAGGAACCACCUUGACCGAAAAGGCUGGAUUUACAAUCCCAACAGAGGUUAAAGAAUCAUUCAACGAAGAACCAUAUAUUCCAAAUGGUAUACAAGAACUCUCUGACAAUGAAUUACUAGUGGUAUUAGGAAUUGAAGUUUCUGAAGCAACUGAAGAUGUCAUGUACGAUCAAAAAAUGUACAUUGUAAAACAUUCAGGAAAUAAUGCAGAAUUCCAAGAAUCAUUUGAUAUUACUCCAGCUUUCGGUUCAGUACUAAGAUAUCCAACUUUUUAUGACAUUCAAUUGCCUAAUCUUAUCGAAUCCACUCAAACAAUUAAUAUCUUAGGUUCUGCCAGUGCAAGUGACUUGACUAUUUGGGAUUCGAAAGAAGUCAUCCAACCAUCUCAAGAUAGUGAAAGAGCUGUUUUACCAAUUAAUAAAGAAACCAAUAAUGAUACAAACCCUAUCGGUAUGGCUAUGGACAUAUCUUCAACAGGUACUAUUCUUGAACCAUGUCCAGGCGUUGAUUCAUUAGAAAGGUUACCACUGAUCUAUAUCCUGAAUAAUGAAGGGAAUAUUCAAAUUGAAGCUUUAUACCAUACUUCUGCCAUUAAGGCAAAUAAAUUUGAAAUUCCAACUCUUACCUAUGAAACAUCUAAAUCGCAAGAAAAUGUACCGUCAUUUACAUCCUUGAAUCUCAACGACAACAAGAGUGAUGAAGAAAAGAAAACCAUAUUUGGCGCUACUGUUACUACUACUACUGAUACAGCCUCACAGCCAUUUGGUUCAUCGAUAUCAAGCAAUAAUACACAAACUACCAUAGGCAAACCCACAUUUUCAUUCGGUUCAGAAACAAAACCAAUCUCGACCCCUCCAGCAUUUGGAACACCAUCUUUCACAUCAGCAUCCAAAUCAGAGAACAAACCAGCAUCUUUGUUUGGAAACACAACUAUAGAAAAUCCAUUUACUAGUGCAGAUAAAACACAAAGCCCCUUUGGUCAAACAAAUAAAGAUACCGAAACGAAACAACCGUUUGCAUUCGGCACUAAUACUGCUACAACACCUUCCUUUGGUACAUCUGCGUUUGCUGCUUCCACUGAACAAAAUAAACAACCAUUUUCCACUGUCCAAACUACAAAUUCAACAAGUACCGCUGCACCAGCAUUUGGUACUCCAUCAUUCGGACAACCAACAUUCGGUGCCCCAUCAUUUGGUACUCCAUCAUUCGGAAAACCGGCCUUUGGUACCCCAGUCUUUGGUGCCGCUGCGACGAAUGCUAAUCCACAAGCAGCCCCUGCAUUUGGAAAACCAGCUUUCGGCACAUCGACUUUUGGAAGCAUUGCAUCUCCUGAUAAUAAGGAAGCCUCAUCUCUAUUCGGGAAGUCCUCAUUUGGUGCCCCUUCAACAUCAACUAGCUCCCCAUUCGGACAAUUUGCAUCUAAUGCAAACGGAUCAACAGAAUCGUCAUCAUUUUCCAAAUUCGCGACGGAUCCUAAGACGCAAGGUACAUCUUCACCCUUUGGUAAAUUAGAUUCCAAAGUAGAAACAACAACCAAGUCACCAUUUGGACAGCUUUCUUCUGGAAACAAUAUUUUCAGCAAACCAUUGUUUGGGGUUACUGAUAAUAAAGAAUCACCAUUUGCUAAAUUUGGUACAAAGAUAGAAACAUCAUCUGAAGAAAAAGAAAACGAUGUUGAAUCAUCAGAUUUAUCUGACACAACAGUAGAACAGACACCUUUCAAAUUAAAGGAAGACACAACCGGCAAGGAAAUUGAAAAAGUUGAAACUGAAGUUAAAACAGAAGAACCUAAAGCGGAUAGAUCUUCAGUCGAAGAAUCAAAGCGUGAUAUCAAAGAGGAAGCACCACGCAAUGAAGAGGUGAGCGAAGUGGAGGCAAAGGAGGAUAUCCCAGAAGGAGAGGAACAAGAAAAAGUAGCAGAAGAAGGGAAGGAAGCUUCAGAAUCCCAGGAAAUAUCAAUAAGUGAAUUAUCCGAAGGGGAAGCAAGUGAAGAAGGAACCACACUUGAACCAUCUAAAGAAGAAGAAAUCAGAGAUGAAGUUUCCAUUGCUGAAGAAGAAAAUAAAGAAGAGGAAUCCACACCCGCAAAAUCCCCAAAAGAAGAGAAAGAAGAGAAGUUAAUAACACAAGAUACUGACAAGGAAACUAUAUCUUCUCUCACUAACCGUAUUAAACAAAGUGCGACAAAGGGUUCCUUGGAUUUUUCAACACCCACAUUCAAGUUUGGAUCUGCUCCUACUCCAGAAACUAUGGGAGAAUCACCUUUCUCUACAUUUGCCGGAAAGUUAGACCAAAAGACAGGGUCGUCUUUUUCAUUUGAUGAUUUACCAUCUAAGAAACUCAAUGACGAAAAUGAUGAACCAUAUUCAGAAGAUGUAUCCGAUGAGGAAGAAGAUAACGUUAGUCGAGCUUCUGAAAUUGAAGAAGCUCCAAAUUCUCCAAAUGAGUCUGAUGCUAACCAACAAAAGAAGAAAGAAACUGGCUUGGAGAGUAUGCAUGCAGAACAGAAAGAGUCGUCUGAACUGGAAGUGGAAACGAUUGAAACAAGUGAAUCAAAUAUCCAAUCUGUUACAGAAAAGGAAAGCAAAGAGGCAAGUUCAGUAGAAAAUGUCUCAGAGAGCUCUAAAGAGCAAGAAGAAACAGAAUCAUACGACGAUCUCCGUGAUAUUACUACUGAUGAAUUAGACCGUGCCCGAUCAGAGCCUCCAGAUUUCCAACAACCUAAGUCCAAACUUGUUUCUCAUGCUGUGGAUGCUACAAUACAGACUAUUCCUGAUUUGUCUGAAAGUUCGACACAAACAAUACCACCUGUUGUAAUUGAUGAAGGUACACAAGGCGAACCACCAGUAGUAUUAUCUGCCGUUUGUCAGACCGAUCCAAUCCCUCCGAUUGAUUUUCAGGUACAGGUAUUCGAAAAUGAUGAAAAUUAUCUAGCUGAACUUUUAAAACCAAAGCCGUUAAAGAAAUAUUUCACAAAUGCAUCUGUCAGUUCAAUUCCGCAUAUGUCAAAUAAUCCAGUUAUAAUUUCCAUGGAGUCAACGUAUCAUUUAGUUACAGCUGAGCUAUCAGUUCUAUUUGAUAAUAUUGAAAACUUGAACAAGUUCUUCAUUGAUCAAUCCACACCACAAUUGAAUAAACGUACGAAAAAAUCAAUAGCCAAUAUUUAUACGUGGAGAAUAUUUGAAGCAAAUACCCUUUAUGAUAUUUUAAAGGAAGAAACUGGCAACAUUAAUGAUAAUAUUAUGAAUGUUGAUCAACUCAAUUCAACAAUUCUUUCAUUUUUAGAAAAAAAAUUUAAGGAGUUACUUAACAAAUCUGUUGAAAUUAAAGAAGAAUACACCCAAUUACAAUGUUUAUUCGAUAAUGAUUCAGCCGACAAGUUGAAAAGACUAAGGUUACAUCAAGGACAACUACAAUCUAAAUUGCGUAAAAAGAUGUCUAAAACUCAUGAAAGUUUAACAGAAAUAGACGGUGCCUUGAAUGCCCUAAAGAUGUACACGAUUAAAAAUAAAAGGUUGGAUGAAAAUCCUUUGGUUACAAAAUUAGCUCAUGAAUCUACAAGUAGUAUUAAAUUGCUGAAGGAAAUUAGGGAUCUUCGUGACGAAAUUGAAGCAUUACAAAAGAGCCUAAACUUAUCGAAUAGUGAAGAACUGUCCUUAGAGAAAAGAGAUAUUCAAUCUGCCGAAAUAAUAGAGGCCGGUUUAGUAAUGAAUACAAAGAAGCAAGUUGGGCAAUUCUUCAAGAAUACGAGAGUAUAA